AUGGAAAAGCCUCCAGAAGAGGCUCCGGGGGAGUCCUUGGGAUCUGAAAGCACAGACAAGUCCCCAAAUGACAGCCACACAGAUGACCAGGAAGACAACUGGGAGAACCAGGACGAAGAGAAGGCAGAUGACCAGGCUGAUCAGAGAACAGCUGACCAGGCUGCCCCAAAAUUAUCUGGCCAGGCCGAACCCAAUGUAUUUGGCCAAGCUGACCACAAAGUAUCUGAACAUCCUGGGCGCAGAACAUCUGAUCAGGCUGACCUCAGAUCAUCCAACUAUGCUAAUGCUGCUGAUCGUAGAGCAUCUGAUCAGGUUGACCGGCGAAUGUCUGAACAGACCAACAGGAAGGCAUCUAGCCAAGCUGAUCAUCAUGUAGAGUCUGAACAGCCUGACAGCCAGAUGAUUGUUCCACGUGAAGAGAGAACUUCUGAACAGAUCCAACGAAGAUUGUCCAGCCAGGCUGAAAGAAGAGCCUCUGAACAGACUGAUCGCAGAACAUCCGGCCAGGUUGACCAAAGAAUCUCUGAACAGAUUCACAGCAGAUUGUCUGGCCUAGUUGAGCGAAGAACUCCUAUACAGAUUGACCGUAGAUUUUCUGACCAAGUUGACCGCAGAACAUCUGUAAAGACUCACCACAAAGUAUACGACCAAGCUACUGAGCUAGCUGAACACCAGGCUGUUGACGAAGGUGACAGCAGUGCUGAUCACCUUACAGUUGACAAGGCUAACUACAGUGAAUCUGACCAGGUUGCCCACUUAAUGGACGAAGACACCGAUUACACAGAAGCCAACCUGUUUGAUUAUGGAGCACGUGGCCAGUCUGCGGACGACAUAUUUAACCUGUUUGGCAACAGCAAGGAGGACAAAGAGGCUGACUUCAGAGUACAACCCUGCACGUUUGAGGCUAGCCAAAUAGACCUCACCAAUUCCAAGGUUUCAACUGAAACUGACACCGAAAACGUAACUGAUAUGCAAGCAUUCGACUCAUCUGAUGCCAGAUUCAUGGGUAAUUUCCAAGCACAAGACCAAGGCUUUUUCCAAGGAUUUCCCUCCAUCUCAUCCAAACUGGAUUAUAACAGCAGACAAGAGAAAACUCAAGCCAUAGAAACCAAGCCUGAUGAUGUUUCAGAACACCAGAAAGGAAAGAGUUCUCUUGUACCCAGUCAAACUUAUAGGAGACGGUUCUUUCCUAUAGUAUAUGAAGAUCCUUAUCAAGUUUCCCUACAAUACGUGGAGAAACACCACAUUCUGCAAAUAUUCCAGCAGAUCACUGAAAACUUAGUCCAUGAAAAACCAGAGGACCCCCUGAAUUUUAUGCUGUGCCAGUCCUAA